CACCCCUGUUCUAGGAUGUCCCAUUGAACGGAGCGCCUCCUAGGCUUCUAAACAAGGAACUACAAUUCCCGGCAUGCUUUGGGUUUCAACCCAGCGCGCAGGCGCACCGGAGAGCAAGCUCGACUUCGCUGAGAAGCUGCUUAGACGAGAGGAUCGGUUGUGACCCUGCCUUGCUUCCUCUAGAACCAGCUAACUACCCAUGGCUCAGUCGGGCUUUGCUUGUGAACCUCCUCCUGAUGUGGACACAGAUGACUGCCUUCCGGAAUAUUCAUAUAUCUUCAAGCCUGACAUCCUCGAAGGAAAAGUGGCUUUCAUCACAGGCGGCGGCUCUGGUAUUGGAUUCCGCAUCGCUGAGAUCCUGAUGAGGCACGGUUGCCAGUGUGUCAUUGCCAGCAGAAACUUUGAACGGCUGAAAGAGGCAGCCAAGAAACUCUCUGCAGCCACUGGCCAGAGAUGCCUGCCCGUCUCCCUUGAUGUACGACAACCUCAAAGCAUUUUAGCAGCUGUGGAUGAGGCCCUCCGAGAAUUUGAGAAGAUCGACAUCCUAGUUAACAAUGCUGCCGGGAACUUCCUUUGCCCUGCUAGCUCUUUAUCGUUCAACGGUUACAAAACGGUGAUCGAAAUCGACACUUUGGGCACCUUCAACGUCUCCAAAGUCCUGUAUGAAAAAUAUCUUCGGGAAAAUGGCGGAGUCAUUGUCAACAUCACAGCCACUCUCAGCUACAGAGGCCAAGCUCUCCAGAUGCAUGCUGGGUCCGCCAAGGCGGCCGUAGAGGCUAUGACGAAGCAUCUGGCUGUGGAAUGGGGGCCUCAACGAAUUAGAGUGAUUAAUGUCGCCCCCGGUCCCAUCAGUGGCACAGAGGGGUACCGUCGCUUGGUUCCACCCAGCUUUGAAUCCAACAACUUCUUCCAGAACAUUCCCCUUCAGCGGGCCGGGAACAAGACGGAGAUUGCUCACAGUGUCCUCUACCUGGUUAGCCCCCUCUCGUCGUACGUGACCGGCACAACUCUUGUGGUGGACGGCGGAAGCUGGAUGACUACAGAGAAUUCCUUUCCCUCACUGUUGGGUAUAGCUAAGCUAUAGAUUUCUGGAGCACGGAACUAAAGAGAGAUAAAUGAGAAAAGGACCCCCGACAUUUUAAGAAAGUGCCUUCAGUGCUUCUCCGCAAACCGUCUGUGACAUUGUAUGUACGGAUAGCAGCCACUCACCUUUCCUAAUUACAAGGUAGUUUAGAUAACCUGAGCCAAGCUGGUUUGUAAGACGGGUCUUUGUCGCACAAAAAUUGGUGGUGGUGGCACGAAAAGCUACAGACUGCAUCCUGUUCACCCACCACCAGAAGGGUGGUUGAGGCCAAAGUCCACAACAGUGGCAGAAACAGCUUUGAUUGGUUUGUAAGCCUUUGUAUCAUUUCCACUUCAUUCUCAAUCACAAUUUGGGGACCCAAGUAAUGAAUCUGCAUUUGUCCGGCUCCUGCUGUACGUGACAUUAUCUGCCCCCGUCUACACCCCUAAUAAAAUAAAUACUCUAC